CGCCGCACCGGGAGGGCCGCCCCGGAGCCUAGGACCAGCAGCUCGCCACGGACACCCGCCCCCGCCGCCCUCCCGUGGCUCCUCCGGCCUGUCAGGCAGUGCGCGGGGCAGUCCCCGCGCCGGCGGAGCCGAAGGCCCCCGUGGUUGCGGGAGGCCCCAGAGGCGGGAGGCGGCGGCGGGCACCAUGUCGGUGAGCGAGAUGUUCGUCGCGCUGCAGGGCGUCCUCACCGCCGACCAGGACAUCCGCGAGGAGAUCCGGAAGGAGGUGCAGGCGCUGGAGCAGACGGCCCGGGAGAUCCUGACGCUGCUGCAGGGCGUGCACCAGGGAGCCGGCUUCCAGGACAUACCAAAGAAAUGUCAGAAGGCUCGUGAACACUUUGGUACAGUGAGGACACAGAUGGAAUCUCUGAAGACCAAGUUUCCUGCUGAUCAGUAUUACAGAUUCCAUGAGCACUGGCGGUUUGUGCUGCAGCGUCUGGUGUUCCUGGCAGCAUUUGUUGUCUACUUGGAGUCAGAAACCUUAGUGACCCGAGAAGCUGUAGCAGAAAUACUUGGGAUCGAAGCUGAUCGGGAGCGGGGCUUUCACCUGGACAUUGAGGACUACCUGUCUGGGGUGUUAACUCUCGCCAGUGAGCUGGCCAGGCUGGCAGUGAACAGUGUCACAGCUGGGGAUUACUCGCGCCCUCUCCGCAUCUCAACUUUUAUCAACGAGCUGGAUUCCGGCUUCCGCCUCCUCAACCUGAAGAAUGACUCCCUGAGGAAACGUUACGACGGCCUGAAAUAUGAUGUCAAGAAAAUAGAGGAAGUGGUUUAUGACUUGUCGAUCAGAGGACUCAAUAAGGAGGCGACAGUUGGAGUGGGCGGAGAGAAAUGAAGGAUGCUCAGUUUCACAGCAUCAUCGAUUACCUCAGAUGGUUGCCAAUUGAGGAGGCACGCUAGCCACGCCUUCCUACAGUAGUUUAGAAGAACUGCAGCUGAAAGCUGCUCUCUAUUUUCUUACCGGUGUUGUAGUACGGGUGUUAGAUUUCAAAAUGUUUUGUAAAAUCAUGUCUAGAUUAGGGCAGGCGGCUGUUUCCAGUGGAAUUCCUCUGUCAAAACAUGGUGCUGUUCUGUGCACAGCAGCAGCAGUCGUCAGAUUCUCAUUAGUUCUGUAGUGCUGUGUCACUGCCCUGGCAGUGAUAUGCUCCCCCUGUCCCUCCUCACACACCCUCAGUGCAGAUACACCUGAUGGUGGUUUAGAAACCACAGUGUGUAAAUAUAUGGGGUUUUUUUUUAAGACACAGAUUUUUGCCUUUUUGUUUCUUAAAUUUUCACUUAUGUCAGUAAGUUGAACAGACCUGCAUAACUGUUUAUUAACAAGAGCUUUUUUUGUCUUCUCCUAAUGUGUCCCCCUUAAUGGACAAACUAGUGAAAAUAUUAUUGGGAGUUUCUCCAUUGGAACUGGUGUAUUGCACCCGGGCACAUCUCGCUCUUGCUCUCUCUCUUGUGUUUUUUCCUUUCCUCCAGGAUUUCAGUUGCCAGGGAAAGCCAGGCUUUCUCAAACAUCUGCUUUCACUGGCUGGUAUUUGUUUACUGACAUGAGUAAGUGCUGAUCAUUUGCCUUGAGUACUUGCUGUAACCAAUUUUAUUAUUAUUUUUUUAAACUACCAACAUUUCCAAAUAGAGAAAUGGUAACUGGUAAACUGAAGGUAAUGUCCAAGUUUUAACAACUUACAUAGGUCACAACUGUUUCUGUGUGCUGGGAUUAAAAAAAAAAAAAAAACCACCAAAACUUCAUGUAGUAAAAUGUUUGUAUCUUCAGAAAAGGGGAAAUUCCUGGUUUCAGAUACUUUGCAUGUAAAAUGUUUGCAAACACCAACAGCCUCUUUCAUUGUUGUGAAUGGACAGACUCGUACCUCCUGGGGCAUUUGUUCUCUUGUCCUAAAUGACUUGGGAGUUUUGCUGUUCUUCCCCUGGUGGUGCAGAAGGGGUAAGGAGAAGAACAAACUUCUUCAGGAGGAUUAACAGAGUCACAUUUACAUUUGUUGGUGUCUCAUUUUGUUAGCAAAGAUCUCCCACUGUUUCAGUUCAGGUUUUGUUUAUUGGAAGAAAAUAGUUUCUUGGUUUUUUUGGCCAAUAAAAUCUGUUCUUCGGUUUUGUUCA